AGACCAUCCUGGCCAACAUGGUGAAACCCCGCCUGUACUAAAAAUACAAAAAUUAGUUGGGUACUCGGGAGGCUGAGGCAGGAGAAUCGCUUGAACCCGGGAGGCGGGGGUUACAGGGAGCUGAGAUCGCGCCACUGCACUCCAGCCUGGCGACAGAGCGAGACUCCGUCUCAAAAAUAAAUAUAUACAAAUUAAAAAAGCCUAAUAUACAAAAUAAAGCUAGGAAUCUUCCCUGAGUCCUCUUGCCUACGGAAUGAAGUCCACAGACUUGGGGGAGCGUUCGAGCCCUUCUAAGCCCACUUCCUUUCUCCAGCCUCUCACGCCCAGUUGACUCCCGGCAACACCUCCCACCGCCACAAGGAGACGCCCGAGGACUUCCCUCCGUCAAAGCCAAAAACGGUAUUGCCACGUGACCCGCUCCGCAUACACGUGACCAGCUUCGCACCCGGUGGGCGUCACGUGACGGACUCAGUAGACCGCCACUGGCUGUGCACUUUAUGGGGUUUCCACCUAGGGCUCGGCCUGAGGCUUGUAACACUCCGUUUUCCCCCGAGUCACAGGGGCAGUCUUGCCCCUCGCAGCUGGGUCGCGGUGUCUCUCAAAGGUCCCCCUCUACAGGGGCUUCGUGAAGCCCGGGCCCACAGGGCGCUCGGUCCCGGAAGUGACGUCUCCCAGAGGGGCCGGAAGUGGCAGUGGAGGGAGGGAAGAUGGCGGAGGUGGGGGAGAUAAUCGAGGGCUGCCGCCUACCCGUGCUGCGGCGGAACCAGGACAACGAAGAUGAGUGGCCCCUGGCCGAGAUCCUGAGCGUGAAGGACAUCAGUGGCCGGAAGCUUUUCUACGUCCAUUACAUUGACUUCAACAAACGUCUGGAUGAAUGGGUGACGCACGAGCGGCUGGACCUAAAGAAGAUCCAGUUCCCCAAGAAAGAGGCCAAGACCCCCACCAAGAACGGACUUCCUGGGUCCCGUCCCGGCUCUCCAGAGAGAGAGGUGAAACGGAAGGUGGAGGUGGUUUCACCAGCAACUCCAGUGCCCAGCGAGACAGCCCCGGCCUCGGUUUUUCCCCAGAAUGGAGCAGCCCGUAGGGCAGUGGCAGCCCAGCCAGGACGGAAGCGAAAAUCGAAUUGUUUGGGCACUGAUGAGGACUCCCAGGACAGCUCUGAUGGAAUACCGUCAGCACCACGCAUGACUGGCAGCCUGGUGUCUGAUCGAAGCCACGACGACAUCGUCACCCGGAUGAAGAACAUUGAGUGCAUUGAGCUGGGCCGGCACCGCCUCAAGCCGUGGUACUUCUCCCCGUACCCACAGGAACUCACCACAUUGCCUGUCCUCUACCUGUGCGAGUUCUGCCUCAAGUACGGCCGUAGUCUCAAGUGUCUUCAGCGUCAUUUGACCAAGUGUGACCUACGACAUCCUCCAGGCAAUGAGAUUUACCGCAAGGGCACCAUUUCCUUCUUUGAGAUUGAUGGACGUAAGAACAAGAGUUAUUCCCAGAACCUGUGUCUUUUGGCCAAGUGUUUCCUUGACCAUAAGACACUGUACUAUGACACAGACCCUUUCCUCUUCUACGUCAUGACAGAGUAUGACUGUAAGGGCUUCCACAUCGUGGGCUACUUCUCCAAGGAGAAAGAAUCGACGGAAGACUACAAUGUGGCCUGCAUCCUAACCCUGCCUCCCUACCAGCGCCGGGGCUACGGCAAGCUGCUGAUCGAGUUCAGCUAUGAACUCUCCAAAGUGGAAGGGAAAACAGGGACCCCUGAGAAGCCCCUCUCAGACCUUGGCCUCCUAUCCUAUCGAAGCUACUGGUCCCAGACCAUCCUGGAGAUCCUGAUGGGGCUGAAGUCGGAGAGCGGGGAGAGGCCACAGAUCACCAUCAAUGAGAUUAGUGAAAUCACCAGCAUCAAGAAGGAGGAUGUCAUCUCCACUCUGCAGUACCUCAAUCUCAUCAACUACUACAAGGGCCAGUACAUCCUCACACUGUCAGAGGACAUCGUGGAUGGCCAUGAGCGGGCCAUGCUCAAGCGGCUCCUGCGGAUCGACUCCAAGUGUCUGCACUUCACUCCCAAGGACUGGAGCAAGAGGGGGAAGUGGUGACCAGACACUGCCCACUGCAGUGCCAAGACGGCAGCAGGACUGGGGCUGAUAGCCCACCCCGCCCCCACUGCAGCUCCCACAAAGCACUCUAAGGGAGAUGGGGCUGAGGACAGCUCAAAAAGGAGAAGACAGGCCUGGCAGGGGCCCACUGGUGCCCAGCACCAAGGCGAGCUCCGGGCUCAGACCAACUCCAAGGUCAGCUGGCCACAGGCCCAGGCCUGCUCUGAAGCAGGGACCAGAGGGAGCCAGGCAGCUGUGUACAGUGAGAAGGGAUCCGGAUGGGGGAGCUCUGUACAGAGGGCUGGUGAUUGUAAAAAUUUCUUUUGUAAAGUAGAAGUUGGGGGUGGGGUGGGUGCUGGCUGCAAAAAUUUCUGGCUUCUCUUACCCCUAUUGCCCCCGGCAAUAAAUUGUUUCUAUAUGCCA